CUAACAGCCACAUCCAAGUCGACAAGCCCCAGGAUUUCGUGCGAAAACUCUUCGGGUAGAACAAGUGGCAUUUCACCGUAGGCUAUCUAGUAGAGAGGGAAAUCAAGGUCAAUAACGAGUGUUAUCAGGCCUUUGAAAGUUCGCCUUGCAUAUGGUUGAUCGCAAACUCAGCGUGAAAUUCCACGUGGCUCCGACAUGUCCACACCGUACGUGCCUCAGCCACUUUCCUGAGUUAGUGGUCUACUUGUAACUACCACAAUGAACUGGUAUGGAUAAAUUGGUUCACUUGGCUCCCUCCGCAAAGGAUGAGGGAGUUCUACAAGCUUUCGAAGAUUUAUCUAUGGACUCUCUGAUUGCACAGGCGUUAAUAUCACAAUCUGCAAAGGGAUAUGUCCUCUCCCUCCGAGAUGCACCCGCUGUCCACUGUAUGGAUAGCAUACUAGCUAAACUCGAUGGAUUGAAUGCCAAUAGUCCCACCGUGGAAAGGACAAGACGAUUUACCUUGCGACGUCUACUGAUUCAGUUAUCUAAGGCUUCCAAUCAUGUUCCCUCAUCCUUGUACAUUGUCGGAGUUGAUUGCAAGGAAAGGAAUGCAAUCGCCGGUGGUGCAUAUGCAGACAUAUUUCGAGGGACCUUGCACUCAGCAUCAGUCGCCUUGAAGAGAUUGCGAGUGUUCAAAACCGAUCCUGAUCCAGGCGAAAGUCAUUCGAACCUUCUACGCGAGGCCUUGGUCUGGCAGCAACUUCAUCAUCCUUUCAUUUUGCCUUUCCUAGGCAUUGACCACUCUACAUUUUCGCCAUACUAUUCCAUCAUAUCUCCGUGGAUGAAUAAUGGAAACAUUAUCCAAUAUAUGAAUGGCAAAGUAUUGAUCUCUCCAAGCUCAGAUCCCUUGCCUCUCACGAGAUGGUUUCGCGAAAUAGCAGAGGGAUUAGGAUAUCUCCAUAGUGAGCAUAUAGUUCAUGCUGAUCUCCGCGGUGCCAAUAUCCUAAUCGAUGCGGAGCAACACAUACGGCUUGGGGACUUUGGGCUGGCUCGAUUCGCGGAUACCAGCAGUGCUAGUAUAGGAUCUCACCACGGUGGUGCAGCUCGUUGGUUAGCACCAGAAGUGCUGAACGGCUCGAGGGCAUCGUAUACGAGUGACAUUUAUGCAUAUGGAUGUGUCUGGUUAGAGAUAUAUACCCUUCGACCUCCAAUGCACGAGCUGUCAGAUAUCCAAGUACUCGCUCAAAAGUUGCGUAACAUCGGACCUCAGUGGCCAAGCCCAACCGACGAUCCCAGGAUGGGUCUGAACUUGGCGGAUUGGGCAAUUAUACGAGAUUGCUGGCAUCAUGAACCAUCUCUCCGACCUGAUGCACAGAUGAUCCUGGCACAAACACUCAUGCUCGAUAUCGACACCCUUGCAGAACAAUUCAAAGAACAACCAUGGCCCCUCUGGAUCCAUAGCUUCACGGAGUCACUCCUGUCUGAGUUGUUGACCCCAAUGGGUCCUUCGAGCUUGGCCCAUCGCACCUUGUGCAAGUGCCUGGAUUCUAACUUCACCGAGUUUGUCAAAGUAUUUAUAGCAUACAACCUCUCACAUCCUAACUGCGAUGGGACGAUGCUAUAUCAUUUUGAUACCUCAUUGAAAGAACUCGCUGAAAAGUCCUUAUAUGCACUACUCCAGGAUUUUGUUGUAGGGUCGAGUUUCCCUUCAUCUAUCCGUUCCGAGAGUCUCGUGUUGCAAUGGGCUCAAAGGGCAGUUGAUCACUCUGAUGCUCUGGAUGGGACCCUCUUGGACAUGUUCUGGGAGUCAUUCGAUGGAUCUCCGCCAUCUGCAUCCGCAAUAAUAUCAUUCAUGUUGCGGAUCCUUCGAAAUAACCUUGGUAGAGAAGAUAUUCCGUCCACCGAUCUUCAGACAACACUUGACCUAUCUGGUGUAGAUGAAACCCUUUGGCGCGACAUAUCCUUCUAUGCCACUAAAUUGUUAAAGCGAUGGCUUAGUCCCGACAAUGGUGGCGGAUACCAAGAUGAUAGUUUCCCUGGCAUGCAGGCCUCUAUUCAUAUAAAGGACACCAUUAUCAUUCUUUUGGCUCGAUCUCCAUAUGAAUUGUAGUGGAGUACUUCGUAUGAGAUCCUUGCACACCCUUCAUUCUCCCAACUUCUGGACCGUAUUGAUGGAAUCACAAUGGAUGCCUGCGGCGAGCUGAAACAGGCGCAGAUAAGUCGAGUGGCAGAAGGGAAAAGGAUUGGUUUUAUUGAUUGAUUAGCCGACCGAGAUCUUUAGUUAAAGAUGAUCGCAGAGGACAGUAAUGGACAGCUUAUCUUACAGGCAAUACAUCCAAGUAUUAGACAUAAAUAAUGACGUAGAGACACAUAUGUACACAUCCCUCUCGACACCAGUUCAUUUGCCCUUUCAAUAAUAUGCGCCAGCGCCGGCAUAUUCUGGCCUGGAACUCACUGG